GUCAGGCGGCGACUGCUCCUUUCCUGCUCCGCUCGGUGCUGGAAGGCUCCUCGCCCUCUUUUUUUUUUUUUUUUUAUUAUCCAGGAAGGAAGGGCCCUUGGCGGUGCGGGCUCGACAUGCAGCUGCCUGCGGAGAGCUGGGCGCUGACGGUGCUGCUGUUACUGCUAGGGCUCACUUGUUCUGCUAGGAAGGACCCGGGCAGAUCUCGCAAUGUGCUACUCAUUGUCGCUGAUGAUGGUGGUUUUGAGAGUGGUGUGUACAACAACACAGCCAUCUGCACCCCACACUUGGACGCCUUGGCCCAGCGCAGCCUGAUCUUCCGGAAUGCUUUCACCUCAGUUAGCAGCUGCUCUCCCAGCCGGGCCAGCAUCCUCACAGGCCUCCCUCAGCACCAGAAUGGGAUGUAUGGACUCCAUCAAGAUGUGCAUCAUUUCAACUCCUUUGACAGUGUUCGCAGCUUGCCCCUUCUGCUUAGCCAGGCAGGGAUCCGGACAGGGAUCAUUGGAAAGAAGCAUGUUGGACCGGAGCCUGUAUAUCCCUUUGACUUUGCCUACACUGAAGAGAAUGGCUCUGUCCUGCAGGUGGGGAGGAACAUCACCCGCAUCAAGCUGCUUGUUCGGAAAUUCCUCCACAGCCAGGAUGAGAGGCCUUUUUUCCUCUAUGUUGCUUUCCAUGAUCCCCACCGUUGUGGCCACUCCCAACCCCAGUAUGGAAACUUCUGUGAGAAAUUUGGCAAUGGGGAGAGUGGAAUGGGCUGGAUCCCCGACUGGAAUCCCCAGCACUAUAGCCCAGAUCAAGUGCAGGUCCCAUAUUUUGUGCAGGACACACCAGCCGCUCGUGCAGAUCUGGCUGCUCAGUACACAACUAUUGGGCGCAUGGAUCAAGGCAUUGGUCUUAUCCUGGAAGAGCUGCACAGUGCUGGAUUUCUCAACAGCACACUGGUGAUGUUCACGUCGGACAAUGGUAUCCCGUUCCCCAGUGGCAGAACCAACCUGUACUGGUCAGGCACAGCUGAACCCCUCCUCAUCUCCUCUCCAGAGCAUCCUGCGCGCUGGGGACAGGUCAGCAAUGCCUACACCAGCCUGCUGGAUGUCACCCCAACCAUCCUGGACUGGUUCUCUGUGCCCUAUCCCAGUUACAGCCUCUUUGGGAAGCGGCUGGUGCAGCUCACCGGGAAGUCCUUGCUGCCCGCCCUGUCAUCAGAGCCACCGUGGACAACUGUGUUUGCUAGCCAGAGCCUGCACGAGGUGACCAUGCACUACCCCAUGCGGGCUGUGCAGCGUGGGUCCCUGCGCCUCAUUCACAACCUGCAGAACCGGACCGCCUUCCCCAUCGACCAAGACUUCUACAUUUCGCCUACAUUCCAGGACCUGCUGAUUCGGACCCAGGCAGGGCAGCCCACUCACUGGAACAAGACACUGCACAGCUACUACUACCGGGAGCGCUGGGAGCUCUAUGAUCACAGCAUUGACCCCACUGAGAGCCACAACUUGGCUUCUGACCCCCACUACACACAGGUUUUUGAGGAGCUGUGGGGCCUGCUGCUGAAAUGGCAGUGGGAAACGGAUGACCCCUGGGUGUGCGUGCCUGAUGGUGUGCUGGAGGGUAAACCCAGUCCCCGGUGCCUGCCGCUCCAUAACGAACUGUGAUUUUCUUUGCUUCCUCCUCCAGGAGAGCAACACCAGGGAACUAUCUGUUGCAAUCAAAGUGGACUUUUGUUAAGCUGGAAGACUUUAAGGGAACCUAUGACUUUGCAAUCUGGAGAGGAGCUGCAGCCAAACACAAGAGCAGGAUUCCUACCCACAGAAGAGGAAGUGCCUAUUGAUGGUUUCUAAGAACUAAAAUGUGCACCACAGCUUAGCCAGCUCCUCCCCCCAAAAAAAUCUCAAAAGUGCCUAAUGGGGAGCAGCCAGCAAUUUCUGUGGCCAGUGUUGCCCUGUCAGUACUAGAGGUGGGCUGGUCCCUCCAGACUGCCACGUGUGUAUCAAGUUGUGCCUUUCUGGGAAUGUGAUGGAUAGGAGGAGUUUAUGUCUUAAGAUUCAGAGUAACAUGUGGCUAAGUCCUUUCAUAGGACUGUACAGCCUCAGGAGGCACAUGGGAGAGCUGCUUUGAAAGUGUCCAUACCCACAUCUCCAUGUGUAUGGAAAGCCAGCAAACAAGGAGAAGGCUAGGCUAGAAACACACAAUCCCCCUCCAGUAUUCUAUCAUGAUUCAGGUCCAGAAGGCAGAUGUUUGGAUGGGUUCUUAAACUCUAGAGCAGGCAGAAGCCUAGCUCCAAAAGCUGAUUUCUGUGGAACAAAUACAGAAGUAAACUGGCCUGAUACUGAUUCAUAACCGAUUGACUCACUGAACCAAUCCUUCCCACAUCCCCUAAAAGCAGGGCCAGUAACUGAAGAAGCCAGAAGUUCCUCCCUGAACUCUUGCUCCCUUGCUUCUUGUUUCUUCCAUAAGGGAGUGAGGAGCUCAGUCAAAGGUUUGGUUUGGAGAUCCUGCUUUGUAUGCCAGGAAUAGUACAUGUUUGUGGAGGCAGUGUGUAAAAAAUGUCAACAGGAACUGAAGCCAUCUAUCGACAUGCUGCUUUGCAAAAUGAAAUAAAAUCAGACUGUUUUGAUAUGUAAAA